AUGCGCGUCGCGGAUAAGAGCGCUUGGAGUCGCGUGUGGAAGAUCUGCAGCGUCACGAGAAACAGCCUCUCUGAAGUAAAGAUGGCGGGUGAUGGCAGCAGACAACAUUUACCUAAAACUCUCCACAGUAUGAACGCUUACCUCGGUUUGGAUGGGAAAGGACGGACUAUGACCUGCUGGCAGCUGGGAGGUCACCUGAUCGAGUGUGGAGCUCAGAGUACAGGUGGGAUCUUCACCGAUUGGCACAAAGUUCCUGACUGGGACAACAUUGGUUUCCCGGUGGUGGAGUGUUCCAGCGACGGCUCCUUCCUCCUCUCCAAGCCGCCCCGAACCGGCGGCCUGGUGUCCUUCGGCACGGUGGCGGAGCAGCUGGUGUACGAGAUCGGCGACCCGCGGCGGUACCUGCUGCCCGACGUCAUCUGCGACUUCAGCCGCGUCGUCAUCCAGGAAGUGCCAG